AUGCAAGUCUUCGACGCCUCGCUGCUGAACUCCCGGCGGCCCUCGCAGACCCGGAGCUACUUCAGCGUGCCCGAGAAGCUGAAGCUGGAGUCCCGCCCCGCGAGCCGCGGCCAAAGCCGCGGCCUGGCGGCCCGCUGGCGCGCGGCCGGGGCCGGGGCCGCCUUCGGGCGCUGCCCCUGUUGCGGCGCGGAGGCCUCUGCCUCCACUCGGGUGCCCAGUUCCGCCGAGAGCGCCACUUGCGCCAGCGCCAACGACGCUGGCGACACAUCCGCGGGCGCGGGCGUGCGCCGGUCGCUGGCGAAGGAGUUUGAGGAGGUCAGCGAGAAGAAAGAGGAGGAAGCUCCGAAGGUAGAGGUGAAGGCUCCCGCAAAAGGCAAAGGCAAGGGCAGCCCCCCACCUCCCCCGCCGCGGGAGAGGAGCAAAGCGCCGAGUGCCCGGCCCCGGAGGCCCUAUGCCAGGUGGAUCGAGUGGCGAGCCUUGGCUCCGGAGAAGCUGCAGCACACCGUGUUCGAGGGGCUCACAGGAGGACCCGACUUCGUGGACCUGAACAGCCUGGCCGCCCAUUUCGGCGCCAGUGCCAGGCUUACGCCUGGCCAACCGCCAGCGCAGGCUCAGGAGGUGGAGAUCCUGAGCCAGCGCAGGGCGCAGAACAUGCUCAUUGCCUUCAGGCGCCAGCCCUUGAGCCGUGAGCUGGUGGCUGCCCUGGAGAGCUUCGACCUGGAACACCUGCAGCUCAGUACCGACGCUCUGGAGCUCCUUUGUGGCGCCAUGCCGACCGCGGAGGAGUCGAAGCAGCUGCUGGCUUACAGGGGGGACAUCUGCAAGCUUCGGCGGUUGGAACAGGAGCUGCUGCCCUUGGCCAAGCUCUCGCCCUGCGCGCGGCAGCGCCUGAAGCUGCUGCUGCUGCACCGCCGCCUCCGGGAGGCCAAGGAGGAGCUGGCCGCGCCGCUGGCGGACUUGCUGGCGGCGUACCGCCAGCUGACGCAGAGCCGUGCCUUCCGCCACGUGUUGCUCCACCUGCUGCGCUUGGGCAACGCGCUGAAUGGCGACAUCGCCAGCGGCUUCUCCUUGGAGUGUCUGCCGCGCCUGGCGCUCUGCAAGUCCACGGCCGCGCCGAAGCUGUGCUUGUUGCACCUCUUGGUGGCGCAGCUGGCGGCGGAGGACCCUGCCAGUGUCUCCGGCUUCCUCGCGGAGGUGGCGCAGCCGGCGAAGCUGGCGGCCUCGCUGCCGCUGGGCGCCUUGGCACAGGAGGUGGGGCUCUUGGCGCAGGAGGCGCUUGGGGCGAAGCAGUGCCUGCGCGAGGCGUUUCCAGCCUUCGACUUACCAAAGGAAUUCUUCAUCGGGGACGGAGAGGAGAGCCCUUGCACGGAGCACGUGACGCCUGGAGAUGUUCGGCAGGUUCUGAGGGAGGUGUACACGCGGGUGGCGAAACAGGCGCCUUUGCCCUUGCGGCGCCUCGCAGAGUCGGCCUUCCAAGAUACCGCAGAGCUGCAGGCGCGCUUAGCAGAUGCUCGGGACGAGGCUGCUGCUGCAAUGGCGUUCUUCGCGUAUGAGAACGGCGCCGCCGCAUCGCAGAAUCCACUCAUUGACGCGAAGUCUACCGAAUUCUUCCAGAUCCUGAAGUGCUUCACGGAAGCCUUCGAGCAGUGUGUUCGCACCUCAGGAUCGAGUCAUGAGUCAUGCGAGGCCCAGGAUUUGUGGAAGUCCCCGUCCUUGGCACGCCAAUGUCAUGGUGGCAUCGCUCAGAGCGCGGAGAUGGAGCAAGAGAACGGUCCUGGCUGGAGGCCGGCGGAACUAGAUCUGGGCUUCCGAACACAGGACGUAGCGUCGGCGCUGGCCGAGGCGCAAGGAGAUGAGGACGAGGCCCUCGCCGCUUUGAAGCGCAAGAUGGUGAGCCAGCCAGCCGCGGAGGAGGAAAAGAAGCGGCGGAAGGGCGACUUGGAGGUGGAGGGCUACAGCUGCCGCGCCCAGGGCUCCAAGCUGAUUCUGCAUUUGCCGCAAGUGGACAUGCUUGGCCCUGUGGUGGGGGAGCUGCGAAACGGGAGUCUUUCACUGGAGGUGGACGAAUGGGUGCAAGAGCUCUACCAUGCGUCGGUGCCCCGGGAGCCCUGCCCCGUGCAUUUCGAUGCCGCUGGGGCGGACAAGGCUUUGGCAGAGCAGAGGCCAUGGCUCUGGGAGAACUUUGCGAAUGCCCGGGAAGUCGCGGAGGCGCACGGGGAGAUGGAGGAGCUGCUCAGGCAGAAGGUUCUCACGACCGCGAAUUCGGAUACCACCGGCACGCAGAAGGCAAGGAGCGACAAGGUGGCAUUUCUGGAGUUGGCGGACGAGAAGCCCGCGGUGUGCCUCGAACUCCUGCGCCGAGUGGAGGCGGCGGUGUCGGCUUUGUCCUGGUCGGAUGGAGGCCCCUUGCUUUGCCCCAAGUUCGGCAUGGCAGCUGUCUACGACGGCGGUGGCAGCUACUACGCUGCCCACCGCGACAACGAGCACACGGGCCAUGCGGAACGGCAAUGGGUGAACUUCCGAUCCCUCACCGCGGUGAUCUACGUGAACCCCUCCGGCUUCGAGUCUGCGGAGGACGGCGGCCAGCUGCGGUGCCAUCUCGGGGCGGAGCUGAAAGACCUCACGGGGGCCACCGCCAGCAAAGUCCAGGACAUUUCGCCCCGUGGGGGGAGAGCGGUACUGUUCCCCUCGCGGAGUGUCCUACAUGAGGUGCUGCCGAGCUUCCGGCGCCGCUUCGCGCUGUCGCUUUGGUUUGUGUCACCUCGAGCUGGACAAGACUGA